GUGAUGCCGCUGCGCUGCCGCAGGCGGCUCUGGAAAUCUCGGUCAGGAGCCGAGCAGCGCAAACCACACGGCCCGGGAUCCUCGGCAUCUGCUUGGAGAGGGGCUCUUGCCAAAUUCCGUCGCUCUGGCGCGGAGAGAGAGAGGCCCCGGGGGGCCGGCGGGGAGCCGGAGCGGUGCCUGGAUCCAGCCCGGGGAGGCGGCGGCCGCUCACCAUGGCAGACGAUGAGAAGGCCGGCGGGAGUUCCGCGGACGGCGGCGAGAGCGCGCACUGCAACGUGCUGAGCUGGGAGCAAGUGCAGCGUCUGGACCGCAUCCUCAGCGAAACCAUCCCCAUCCACGGCCGCGGUAACUUCCCCACGCUGGCCAUGCAGCCUCGGCAGAUCGUCAAGGUGGUGCGGAGCCGGCUGGAAGAGAAGGGCAUCGGCCUGCGGGACGUGCGGCUGAACGGCUCGGCCGCCAGCCACGUCCUCCACCAGGACAGCGGCCUGGGCUACAAGGACUUGGACCUCAUCUUCUGCGCCGACCUCAAAGGAGAAGCCGAAUUUCAGACUGUGAAGGACGUGGUCUUGGACUGCCUCUUGGAUUUCUUACCCGAGGGGGUGAAUAAGGAGAAGAUCACGCCUCUCACACUCAAGGAGGCUUAUGUGCAGAAAAUGGUAAAAGUAUGCAAUGAUUCAGACCGAUGGAGUCUUAUCUCCCUGUCCAACAACAGUGGCAAAAACGUGGAGCUGAAAUUUGUGGACUCUCUGAGGCGGCAGUUUGAAUUCAGUGUCGAUUCCUUUCAAAUCAAGCUGGACUCCCUGCUGCUUUUUUAUGAGUGCUCAGAGAAUCCGAUGACUGAAACUUUUCACCCAACUAUCAUUGGCGAGAGCGUUUAUGGGGAUUUCCAGGAAGCCUUUGAUCACCUCUGCAACAAGAUAAUUGCCACCAGAAACCCAGAAGAAAUCAGAGGAGGUGGUCUUCUGAAGUACUGCAAUCUUUUGGUAAGGGGCUUUAGGGCAGCCUCUGAAUCUGAGAUUAAAUCUCUGCAGAGAUACAUGUGUUCGAGGUUUUUCAUUGACUUCUCAGACAUUGGUGAACAGCAGAGAAAGCUGGAGUCCUACUUGCAGAACCACUUUGUGGGAUUAGAAGACCGCAAGUAUGACUAUCUCAUGACCCUUCAUGGUGUGGUGAAUGAGAGCACAGUGUGCCUGAUGGGACAUGAGAGGAGACAGACUCUGAAUCUGAUCACUAUGCUGGCCAUCCGGGUCCUAGCCGAGCAAAAUAUCAUCCCCAACGUGGCCAAUGUCACCUGCUAUUACCAGCCAGCGCCAUACGUAGCAGAUGCCAACUUCAGCAAUUACUAUAUUGCCCAGGUUCAGACGGUGUUCCCUUGCCAGCAGCACACAUACUCUACUUGGCUGCCCUGUAAUUAAGAACUGAAAUUAGUAGACCCCGUGGAGAGAACUUUCUCUAAGAUGUAGGAAGGGGCGACGGGUCCCUCUGAAAUGGGGUGUUUUGUGCAAUGAUGAUCUGCUCUAGUUUUCAAGCUUGGGACAAGCUUGUGAUUCUUCUAAUAAUCAAGGGGAGCAUGAUCAAGAAAGAACCCCAAAAUAAUUGGAUCCUACCCCAGAGCACAAGAGGCCUGUCAUUAAAAGCAACCAGCUUCCCCUGAAAUAAGUGAGGGAGGAAUGCUUGAUGACAAUAUGGGUUGGCAAUAUCUGCUCCCAUAGCUUUGGCAUAGAGAAGGUGGGAAAGCCUUAUUUUCUUCUAUUUUUAUUCUUACUCUAGAAUGGGAUCUGCAAAAGGGAGAAAUGAAAGAAACAAAACAAAACAAAAAAAACAACAAAAGAAAAAAACUUCACAAAAACAGUUCUAUAUAUAUUCAGGAGUUAAAAGUUAGAGGCAUAAAGCAGAGAUAAGCUGAAUAAAGUUGUAUAUUGGAAUUACUGCAUUUGGGGCUUGCAGCAAGUGCCGUCUAUGGAUUGACCAUGUAGAAUGUAUAGCUUGCUUGACUAGAAUGCUUUACCAGAAACAGCUUGCUCCAAAUGAACAGUAGUGGAUUGGUACAGUUAUAGAAGCAGAAACACGUACGAUGACAAAGUCCAUUAUUUCCAGCUGUGUGCAUGCCUCACAUUCUAAAAAUGUGAGAAUGCUGGAAAACCAGCUGUGGCAAGAAGUAUAUACUUAAGGACCAAAGAUUUCACAAAAAAGUUAUCCAAGCAAAGAAGAUACAGUAGAGUAUAUAUAUAUAAAUAUAUAUAUAUGUAAAAGGAGAUGUUCCUAUAUUUGUACACACCAAUAGUAAUCAAAAGUGCCUGAUGCCUUCAUAAAAUUUGAAGUGAGAAAAAAAUUAUAUAGUUUUGUGGUUUAACCUUGCAUUUUGUUUUAUCAGGGACACAAGGAUAAAAAAAAAGCAAACCAACCCAUAAGCUUGUGAAUAAGUGGUGGAGGAAAUGACCCUAUUUUUUUUCUUGGCAAAUACCUGUAUAGAGUUAAUGUUUUGUCGGUGUGCUAUUAUCCUAGGUACGUGUGUGUAUGUGUGUAUAUAUGUUUGUGUGUGUAUAUAUGUACAUGUUAUUGGUGUAUAUCUAUAUAUAUACACACACAAUAUAUAUUAAUGUGGUCUAGGAAAAUGUAGCAAUUAAGGAAUGUUUAAAUAAAGUACUACUUGUUUUCCAGUUUGCAACAGGAUGUCAUAGGACAGUGGGCACCUUGCAGUGAAAUUUUAACCCACACCUGAGAAAUUUGGAGUAAAUGAACCAGUCAGGAUUAAGGUGGGAUUCAGAUAAUGUCUUUGGUUGCAAGAACAAGGAUUACAGUAAUUCAGUGGGUUGCUUGUGAGCCAUAAUAAUUCCACAGAUGGAGAAAUAUAUGACUAGCUGAUUUUUUUUAACUGUUUUGUACUGUAAUGCCAUUUUGACAUUUAACCCACUAAUAUUGUGACUGCAUACCUCCAUGAUGUGUAAUUUCAGUGGAACGUGGAUCAAAGAUAGGUUUAUUUAAAACCCCUGACAGCUAAAGAAUAUUGUAUUAGUUGGUAAUUUGAACACUAAUUGUUAAUAUUUAAAGGAGUAUUUUUAAUAGAAUGCAUUAUGCAUUCCAGGACCACUAGAAUUUAGCAAAUGUGAAAUGAACCCUUUUUAAGAGUGUUGCACGAUUGCUGAAAAUUAUAUUUUAUAUAUAUAUUAUAUAUAUAUAUUUUUAUGCAAAUAUUAAACAUCUUUGAUCUGGUUGUCACACUGCA